AUGUUUGACGGAAUACCAAUAACAAAUUAUCAGCAAACAAAAGUAGAACCAUUACUUCAUUUAACUGAAAAAUUGUUCCGUAAUAAUGCUUUUGAUUCUUAUUUGACGCCUCAGCAACUUAUUGUUUUAGAAUUUAUAAUAACGGCAGCAAAUGAUGAGGGAAAGAUCAAAAUAUGGCAAGAACUUAUGGAAGGUAAUUUGUCAUUGAAUGUCCUGAAUGAAAAUACUACCCAAUCAAAAUCCGAAGAUGCAACUGAAAAUGAUGGGUAUAGAAGCUCUUCUGUCGAACCCCCGAUGAAUGACGAUGACUUUUCGCAAUUAGAUUUGGAGGAGCUAAAACAGAGCAUCAAUGGGCCAAAUUUUAUUGGUAAUCUUUCAUUGAAAUUACGUUAUGUGUUAUGGCAGUUCGCUAUAAAUGGAAAGAACGAAGAUGAUGAACUACAUUUUGAUAAAGAUGAUAGUAACUACGUGGACAAUGAUUACAUACUUCUUGAUGAAGAAGAAGAUAUUGUUGAUGCAGAGAAGAUCGAUAGCGACAAGAAGGAAAUCAAAGAAAAAAUGGCAGAAGAUCAACCUUUAGGUAACGUCGAACGUGAGGACGAGGAUUAUGAUGAUGAUGAUUAUGACAUGGAAGAGACAAAUAAAUCCAACAUUACUACGCACCCUUCGGCAAAAGAUACAACAGAUAUUGUCCAGUUAGAAAAAGAUGAUAAUAACAAGUCUAUUUUGACUAUGAAAAUAUCGAAGGAAACCUUAACAAAACUACGACCCACAAAUAUAAAUGGGAUUCUAUCUAAUUGGAGAAGUAUAUAUCAUAAUUUUGAGUACGAUAGAGAGACUAUGUUAAAACGUUUAAAACUAGAAAAGAAUGAUGAACUAAUUGAAUCAGGAAAAAACAAGAGAUCUUACAGUGAAUCUAAUGAAGAGAAUUCAGAAGAUACGGUUACUAACCUGCAAGAAAAUAAAAAGGAAACACCGCCUCUUGACUCUGAUAAACAGGACGAGCAUGAUGGUAAAAGACCUAAACAGGAUAAUGUCAGCAUUCCUUCCAAUUAUGGAAUCGCUAGUUUGUCGAUCAAGCAUUUAUUAUCAUCUAUUGCUGAUAAUAAGUCAAAAUUGGAUAUUUCCGAUUACGAGUUGAAACAUUUGCUGGUGGAUGUAAGGAAGAAUAGAUCAAAAUGGGCUUCUGACGAAAAGAUAGGUCAAGAAGAGCUGUACGAAGCCUGUGAAAAGGUCGUCUUAGAAUUAAGAAACUAUACUGAACAUUCAACUCCAUUUUUAAAUAAGGUCAGUAAAAGAGAAGCGCCAAAUUACCAUCAGGUUAUUAAAAAAUCUAUGGACUUGAAUACUGUCCUAAAGAAAUUGAAGAUGUUCCAAUACCGGUCUAAACAAGAAUUUGUAGAUGAUAUUCUUCUGAUCUGGAAGAAUUGCUUAACAUAUAAUUCAGAUCCAACACAUUUUCUGAGGGCGCAUGCAAUUGCUAUGCAGAAGAAAUCUUUACAACUAAUACCAAUGAUACCUAAUAUUACGAUCAGGAAAAGGGCCGAUGUUGAAAAGGAAAUGGACGACAUGGAAAGGGAUAAGGAUUACGAGGAGGAUGAGGAAGGUGAUGAAGAAGUUGCGGGGUCCGGAAGGAAGGGUUUGAAUAUGGGUGCGCAUAAACCUGUGAAUCAAUCUGAAAAUGGAGCUCAAGAUACCACCACCAAAGAAAAUACAUUUGCUUUAUCAGAGAAAGAUGAUGGUAUCAAGGAAAGCAACGAAAACAAAGAAAUGGGUCCAGAAAAUGAUAAAAUUGACAAGGAAGAGGUCAAGGUUGACUCAACUACUGAUGUGAAAAACGAGCAAGAUGAAGUCACUGCAAAUUCUGGUGGUGAAGAAGGUAAUAACCCCCCUUUAGACAAAAAGGACGAGAUUGAAAAUAACGAAUUAGCUAAAGAUGAAGAUGAAGAUAAUGAUCAUUCAAUCAAUCCUGAUAACGAUGAAGAGGCUGAAGAUGAGGACGAUGAGGACGAAGAUAAGGAUGAAGAGGGGAAUUAUGUGAAUUCACAAUCUUAUCUUCUAGAGAGGGACAAUGAUAAAGAUGAUAUUGAAAUAUCUAUUUGGAAAACACUAACUGCAAAGGUAAGGGCAGAAAUAUGUUUAAAAAGAUCAGAGUAUUUCAAAGAUUCUCAUUUAAAUUCUCAGUCUGCCGCCUUACUAAAGAAUCCAAAGAUGAUGAAACCCUUCGAUGAUCUUUUUAGUGAAUAUAGAACCCAAAAGGAAUUAGAAUUGUAUAGCCAAAGAGUAGAACAGCGAUCAAUAAUGAAAAACAGUUUUGGUAACGUUGUUAAAACAGAAGAAACUGAUCAAUCAGCAAUCCCAAGUGCCAGUAUACUAGAGAGCACUCUCUUUGAUAAGGGUGCCUAUGAGAUCGAUAUCGAUAACACUACAUUCCUCCAAGAAUACGACACGAACAAUAUAUAUCCGGAUCUUGUCUACUCUGGUGUUGACAAAGAAGAAAUCGACAAGCAGGAGAACAUUAUUAUUGAGUCCGUCGUAGAGGAAGGUGUCAUGAAACAAAGUGAAUAUCUAAAAAAUAUUAAAAAGGGCUUAACUCCAAAGAUUAAUAAGAAUAUUUCGUUGAUACAACAAAUAAGGCACAUUUGUCACAAGAUAUCGUUAAUAAGAAUGCUUCAGAAUCCUCAUUAUAUGCAAAGUCAGCGUAGUGCCAAUGCCACGACACUCUUGAAUGCACAUCAAUAUAAAUAUGAUGAUAUCAACGAUAAAAUUGAUUUGGAUCCAGUUUCUCAACUUCCAACACAUGAUAACAGGGAUAACAAGGAGUUGAUGUGGAAGUUUAUGCAUAAGAACGUUUCUAAGAUAUCAAUGACUAACGGCUUCGAAACGGCUGAGCCUGCUGCUGUUAAUAUGUUGACAUCCUUGGCCGGAGAAUAUUUAUCAAAUCUAAUCAAAACCGUAAAGAUACAUUCAGAAAGUGACUCUCUGAACAAAAUGAAACGAGAAGACAUAUUGAAAAUCUCCCUAUUAGAAAAUGGUAUUAGUAGACCAGAUGAUCUCUAUACUUAUUUGGAAUCUGAGUUUGGGAAAAAACCAAGAAAAUUAAAGGAUGUAAAGAUGAAACUAGAAAACUUUUUGAAAGAACUAUUAAGACCAACUUUAAAAGAACUUUCUGAACGUAAUUUCGAUGACGAAAGUCAAAGUUUCUUAACUGGUGACUUUGCUACCGAGUUAACAGGGGAAGAUUUUUUUGGUUUCAAGGAACUUGGUCUGGAAAAGGAGUUUGGUGUAUUAAGUUCAACCGUUCCAUUACAACUAUUAUCUUCUCAAUUUCAAGCAACAGAUGGGGAAACAAAGGUGCAAGUUAAGAAAUUGCAACCAGAAGAAUUUGAAAAAACACGCUAUCCAAGAAUUCCUAAGGAUUACAUAGAUUCUGAAAAGUGUUCUGCAGUUCUAAAACCAUUUUUACAGAAAGCAUUUGAACGUUCCAAAUUGUAUACUACGAAGCCUCCAAAAGGUGUAACUAUUGAAGAGAAAAUUAAAAGGAAGGAGACCAACCUGGAUUCUCCGAACUAUAUUCUUUUGGAAGAUGAUGAGGUUAUUGUGAAAACGAAGGGUACUGCUAGAUUAAGACUCCCACCUACUGGUAAAAUUAGCACGGCAUAUAAAAAGAAACCUCUCGCAGAUGCCUUUAUUCUCCCAGACGAACCUAUUGUGGCCAAGGUCGAGGUGACUGCUGAGCCUGUCACAGAAGAUGUUACUGGUGGAUCAAUCGCACUACCGAAAGAAGGUCAUAGUUCUGUCGCAGUCGGUACGCCGGAAACGAGUAGUUUAACAGGGCCAGAUAGUAGUCUAUUAUCUGAUAUAGAUGCAUCCAAUGCAGGAUCAUUCAGUCUAAGUCUUCCAAAAAUUGAGGAGAAGUAA